AUGGCCUUUGGGCACACAGACUACGUGCCGCCAGACGAAACUCGAAACUUCAAAGCCCUCUUUUCACUUUCGGAUAAUAUUAAGGAGCAAAUUGACACAAAACCUAGUGUGGUUCUGCACAUCGAUCCAGAGUUAUAUCCGCCUGAAUUAGUGUCAAAAUACGAAGAAAAUGUAAAAGGUCAUCCUCUGCCAGCCAAGGAUUAUCGCAAGUUAAUGUGGGGCGCGAGCCAACAGAGCAUUCCCGAAAUUGACUCGACAGAAAACACUCCUGUUAUUCCCUCUGAGAAAUCAACCAAACAACAAAAGUCGACGGAGGGACCACACCACAUCUGCGAAGCUGAGGUGACAACUUUACCAGCCGUAGAGGCCCGUUACAGAGGUAUGGCAUCAAUUCCAUUCAGAACUGAUCAAAUGGCAUGUCAUCUGAUCGACCAGCCUGCAAUGGUGUCACAAACCAGAAAGCUGAAAGCCCGUCUUGGUCACGAUACUAUUCGGCUUAAUGACCCCGUCUAUGCGGACUGGCUUCGUGAACUAGUACAGAGGGAAAUGGAGAAUGAAGAAGAAGGUUUAUGUUUAAAGCGAGAGGGGGACGAGGUUUUGAGAACUGUUAAUUCAAAGAAACUGAAUAAGUCUGCUGCUAAUGAAUUGUUCAAAGAGAUGCGCUUGCCGGAAUUGUGCAGCCAAAAACCUUGGAUAUGGUCAAGUUCACUAAAAUCACAUGCUGAAAAGUAUGGAGCUGGUGACUGUAAAUACGAUGAUGGCGAUUUCGAAUCGAGAUCAGUCAGCAGUUCCAUGAGGUUGCCUCCCAUUCACCAGCACUGUCCAAAGCACUCUAAUAAGCCCUGUCGUUCGAAGAAGUGCUUAGAAGGCAGCGAAACACAAGAAAAUGACGAUGAGCUUGAGGCCCUACCUCCGAUUCAGUGCACACUGGUAAAAACAGAUGACUUUAUACAAGAAUAUGAGGAGGAAAGGGAAGAAGAGGAGGGUGACGAGGAGGAGGAUAAUGAGGAAGGGAUGGAGGAGGAGGGCAACUCAUCUGAAGCCUGCACAGUGGAAAAACUGAGUGAAAUGACUACUGUAACUCAGCUCUUUUCCAAUGCCGACUGCAUCUUAAAUAACCCAAAAGUUUAUACAAAGCUAACUCUCAAUGGUGAAUAUGUGUCAGAGGAGGAUUCGGGUUUAGGAACAGAAGAGGGGUAA